CGCAGCACGUGGGUAGCCAGAGUACAGUAUACAGUGCAUGGUUCGGUUCAAGAAGGAAAAUACGAAUAAUGGAAGAGCGAAAAAAUAAAAACAGCAAGAAGAAGAACAAGAAAGAAAGUGCAAAGGAUGUUGAUAUUAAUGAGGACAGAGGAAAUAGCAAAGAAGAAGAAGAAGGAAUGUUGGAUCAGGAUUUAAAGCCAAAAAAGAAAAAGCAUAAAAGGAAUAAAGAAAGUAAUAGUGAUGAAGAUGAAAUAGAAUUGGGAAAGAAGAAGAAGAAAAAGAUUGAAAAGAAAAGUGAAAAAGAAAAAACUGUUCCUGAAGAUCUAGAAGACAAUUUUUCUUCUGACAUUGAAUCAAUGACAAAAAAGAAAAGAAAAAAGGAAAAGAAGGGCAAAGAGGAAGUUGAAAGUGGUAAAGACUUAACAAAAAGGAAAGAAAAAAAGAAAGACAAAACUCGUCAUGAGCAGGAAGUUACCUCUAGUGACAGUGAUUCAACUACAAAGAAGAAAAAGAAAACCAAAAGUGAAGACAAAGAAAGCAUUUAUGAUGACAUAAAUAAUGCAAAAAAAGACAAAGGAAAAAAGAAAAGCAAAAGUAAGGAAAGCCAGGACAAUUCAGAGGAAGAUGACAGUGAACAUAAGUCAGAUGUAAAGAAAUCUAAAAAGCGAAAGCAUAAAUCUAAAGAUGAUUCAGAGGAGAAAAGUAGUGACAGUGAAACUGAAGACCAACCAAAAAAGAAAAAGAAGAGAAAGAAAGAGAAAGAACACAGAAAUGAGAAAAAUCACAAAACAGAUGAGACUGAAAAGAAGAAGGAAAAGAAAAAGAAAGCAAAAGACAAGGAUCAAACUGAUGAUGGUGACGAAUCUCAACAAACUGAACAAGAUCUUGCAGCUGGUACAAGACAGUUCAACAGUUGGGAAAAUGCAUCAUUUGAAAGUGAUGAWCGAAAAGAAAAGUUUCUUCGACUAAUGGGUGGCUUCAAAAAGUCCAGCAACAAAGAUGGCUCCGCUCUGAAUCAAACCAGCCAACCCAAAUCAAGCUUCAGUGCAAUGUCAAGAUCUCAGGAAUCUUCUUUUAACAAAGCACUGGAGGACCAAUUCCAAAAGGCUUUUGAUUUGAAGCGUACUAGCCGAGGGCGUGGCCUUGGGUAUGAUGGUAAUCUUGAUCCAGAGAAUAAGACAUUUUUCAUUGAUAAACAGCCAAAAUCAACAAAAUUUUGAAUGCAAUGGAAUCAACUGAGUUAAUACCCAGUUUUUAUUCCUUAAAAAAGAUGCAUUUUGAGAGCCUUUUGUUUGUCAAAAACCAUGUUUAGUGAAGUUUACUUAAUGUAGUUUUCCACAUUCUGCGAACUCGGUAGUUGCGAUCUGCACGCUGAAAUUUGUUUCUUCACUGCCAUCAAUCAAAAAUAUCAGUUGGUGCCUUUUAUGUCCUUGACUGGCGGCACUGAUAAACCAAUUUCACAACGAGCUGUUGAAAUGUCUGAGUUCGCAGAAUAUGGAAAACUGCAUUAAAAUAACAUACGAAGGAACCUCAAAACCUUCAUUGGAUCUUUCUUGUACAGCAGCCAUGUUGAUUGGAGCAAUAGAUUUUUCCCUUUGUAGUCUAACAGUUUUUAUUGGAUAGUCAAAAUUUUCGAAAACUCACUUUUAGAGUGAAGUCAUUAAACCAGUGAAAUAGAUUAUUAGACUAAGGCCUAGGGCAAACGUCGGACUUUCCAUGCACCGAACUUAAUUACAUCAAAGAAUGCCGCCUCAUUAUCACCUGAUAUCCAUYGUUUUUAAUGAGUUCGGUGCAUGAAAAGCUCGACGUUUGCCGUAGGCCUUAUACACAGUUAGUAGACCCUAAUUCCAUUGUUUUCUUUUGUGUCCAUUUGACAAUAACAUGUUGACUGGCAUUUUUUAUUUCACGGGUUAAAUGCUUUCACUCUAAUAAAUCGAAUCACUUUUUCACCCCAAACUUCUCUUAAGAGAUGGUUAGGAUGUGGUCAGAACUAGUUGCCCAAUACAAAUUGUUUUUACGACAUUAAGCACUUUGAUUUGAAAAAAGCUCUAAUAAAAACGUUUGUGAACCAGGACGAUAUGAACCGUCUCGUAUAUUGUGCAACAAAGAUGCACUGAAUCGAGAUAGACCACCAAUUUGAAAAACUCUAGUUCUGGACUGACUAGCCUCAUGUUCACGUGGAGAAAAAAGAGACUAGUCAGUGCAGAAUGAUAGAGUGAAGUAAACCCGUUAAAUAGAUACUAGACUAAUACACUUUAGUAGACCAGAAUUCCAUUGUUUUAUGUUUGUUUGUUUGUUUGUUUCUAUUUGACAAUUACACGUUGACUAAUAUUUUUUAUUUCACGAGUUAAAUGCCUUCACUCUAGUUAUUCAAAUUGCUCGCUAUAUUUCGAUUACGUGUAUAGACUUCUAUUAAAGAAAUAGAAAACGCGCGCGCGCGCACGCGGAAUUUGGCAGAACAUGAGAGAAGUGUUAGGAGAAGCACGACGCGCGUAGCGGACUCGACACUUCUCUAGUGUUCUGCCAAUCCCYAAGUGCUUUAAAAAUCCACACAGCACAGCUAGCAAGUUUUUUAUUUCUUAUAUGAAAUUCAAAUAACGAUUAUUGUUAUUUUAAAUAGAAUGAAGCAACUGAAAGUGCGCGCGCAUGCUGUGUGCUCUCACAAAGCACGCGCUUCUAACCAUCAGAACGCGAGAUUUACUCAAUAGUUAUAGGACACUUUUUUAUCAUCACCACUUUUCCCGUUACCUAACAUUUUAAUCUUUUCCAGCGGUAUCGAGAUUAGUGGUGCAGGUAACAGCACGCGCGCACAACUUCUAGUACAUUACUGGGCGUCGACCAAGAAAUAAAAGAUGGCGCUUGAUAGCGCAAAGAAGAAA